AAUGCAGGCAGCCAUUCGCCACACGAGGGAUACGCAGGUGGUGGCUCUUUGUUUACUAGUUUCUUUCGGUAACGCGCCUGCGUGGACGCGCUCUUUAUCACACAGGUGCGCUCAGCUAUGACCUCAUCUCACCAGAGGACACACCGCAGGUAGACGUCGAGCGUUAUCGCGAAUACCGAAAGUAACAGAGAUAGCCGUUAGAAGUGGUAUCGGGAUGAAAUGACAGAUACAGCAGAGAGCAGAGUCAACAUGGAGGAGUUUUUCAAAACGGUGGGGGAGGUGAGAAGUCUCAUUGGAAAGAUCUCCUGUCAAGCAGAGGAGCUGGAGAGAAGACAUGGCGUCAUCCUCUCCUCUCCAAACCAAGACAAGAAAAAUAAAAACGAGCUGGAGCUGCUGAACAAUGACAUCAAGAAGAGCGCCAACGUGGUCCGAGCCAGGUUAAAAGCAAUGCAGAAGAACAUGUCUGUGGAGGAGAAUGGUAAAAGUGCCUCAGUAAUCCAGCGCAUAGAGAAGAACCAGCACUCACACCUGACGCGGUGGUUUUCUGAAGUCAUGCGGCGUCACCAUAAGGCACAAAUAUCCUUCAGAGAGAAAUGCAAAGCACAAAUUCAGAGACAACUGGAGAUUGUGGAUAAAGUGACAACAGAUGAAGAGUUGGAGGAGAUGCUUCACUGUGACAAUCUUGCCAUCUUCAUAUCUGAUAUCAACUCUAACGCUCAGAUUUCAAGCCAGGCCCUGAGUGAGAUUGAAUCCCGUCAUCAGGAUAUCAUCUGCCUCGAGUCCAGCAUUAAAGAGCUGCAUGAGGUAUUUGCUGACACUGCCAUGCUGUUGGAGAUUCAGGGGGAGUUGAUCAACAACAUAGAGAAGAAUGUGACGAGUGCUGCAGAGUAUGUAGGUAUGUCCAAAGCAGAAACUCAUAAAGCAGUCACGUACAAAAAAAACCCAUACAAGAUAGCAUCUCUCCCAAGCUUCUUCAAACCCUUCAAGAAGCAGACCUCGGCUAAAACUGCUACUGAUCAAAACACCUCAGACUGAGCUCCUAAGCCUGUUUGAGCAUUGACUGCACCAAACAUCGUGAUCAACAUCAAAGCCCCAGCCUGAUGGAAAACACUCUUCAUCUGAUUAGAGUACAGCGCCUGCAUGUCAGUCGUCUUUCUAAGGGAUAAUGAGGAAGCAGUUAUUUUUAACUUUAAUACUGAAUUUGAAUUUGAACUGCUACGGUGACCUGUGAAAUGAAAUUACCCGUGCUGUGGACUUUGUAAGCCAACUUGUGAAACUACCUUGUAAAAGGACAAAUGCAUCAGAGGAUACUAUCUAUACAGACUCCUGCCUUCAGACCUGGCAAAAUUGCCCAGUUUCCAGUACAGUAAUUAAACCAGUCAAGUCAAUGUUUUAACACAAACCCACUCACACUUAGCUGGUGUUCCUCUUAGUGGCCAGUAGGUGGCACGAUAACAUCAGAUGCAACUCUGAACCAGUAGGAUCAUUCACCUUCUCUCUGCAGUCCAGCUGAUGUUUUUGUCUGAUUCUGUGUGUUUUACUAAAGCAGUGUAAUGUAAUAUCAUGAAAUGUCAGUUGUGGCAAUUUACUGUAAGGUCCUAAAUUAAAUCAACUGUAUGUGUUGAAUUUGUCCAGUUGUUACUGGUGCUUCUACUCUAAAGUGAACCUAUUCAGUGACCCCUAAUGACACUGAAUAGAUUAAUGUCAGAAGACGGGGCACAGGGUUCACUCUUAACAGGACAGAAAUGUGUCAGUCAAUCUGAAUCAUUUGUAUUGGUUUGCAGUGAUGCUUUCUGGGACAAGUGGACCCUAACAAUGCCAGGAAAGUAGUUUUUUUCCUCUAAUCUGUCAUCCAUCUGCAGGUCUAAAAUGACAAUGACUGGCUGUUAGUAACACUGAUGUAUGUAGCGUGUGACAUAUAGCUGCUUAAAAUUACUCUUUGCUUGUGUGUUUCUCUGUGAUCUGACUGAAGUGGAGGAUAGGCAAAAACUCAGACAAGCCUUUUCCUGCAUCAUGGGAAUGCUGCCAGGAUGAACCCAUUGACUUAUCUCUCAGACUGCCUCUCUCUCUCUCUCUCGCUCUCUUUCUUUCUUUCCCCUCCUCCUCCCCCUCUCUCCACGCCCUGGAUAAGAUUUCACAGCAUCUUUGCACUUUGCUGAAACCACUGAUUUCCAAAUGGGAAAUUGUAGAAGAGGAAUAGGAGUAAAAUUAGGAUGACAGUGUAAUCUGAAGACAGAAAAAGGGGAAAGAGACAUGAGAAGAUACAUAGAAAAAAUUAAACAGACACAGGUCUACAUAAAAAUAUGGUUUCUUUAUUGGUUGUGCCAGGGUGUGAGGCCCUCAAAAUAGGGCUUGACCACAAUUUAAAAGGGCUGAAUGAUGUGUGGCUGCAUAAAAUGCAAGGCCAGGUUGUCUGCUUGGAUUAAUAGGUCAUCCUUCUGUCUGCCAUUUAAGCAAACAAGGCUAAUGUGCUGAAAAUGGCCCAUCUCCAAAAGAACCAUUAAACAUUUCCCCUGUUGGAAUGGACUACAAGGAUGGAUGAAGUGAUAGGAGAAAAGGUUGAAGGACAAGGGGGGGGGGGGGGGAGGGGGUGAACAGUCUCUUUUUCUGCCUCUUCAUGGAGCCUCCAGAGCAGGUUUACUUCUUGACUUUACCCUGGGCAG